AUGGAUGAGAUAUUUAACCACAGCGGAGCUCCGAACCGGAGUUCUGUCGGUGAUGAGAAGUUCAGCUUUGAAGACAUCGAUGUGAGCGCGGACGGGACUCCCAUCCUGAGGAUUCUCAUCUCGGUGGUUUACUCUGUAGUUUGCGCGGUGGGUUUGGUGGGGAACCUGCUCGUGUUUUUCCUCAUGAGGUUAAGACAAGGUCGGAAGAGAUCAACUAUAAAUUUCUUUAUCAUUAACUUGGCAGUGACGGACUUCCAGUUUGUCCUCACGCUGCCCUUCUGGGCCGUGGACACCGCGCUGGACUUCAGCUGGCCGUUUGGAGACGCCAUGUGCAAAAUCAUCCUCUCGGUCACUGUCAUGAACAUGUACGCCAGCGUCUUCUUCCUCACCGCCAUGAGCGUGACCCGCUACCUGGCCGUGGCCUCGGCCCUGAAGAAGAAAGCUCACAGGAGCUCACGGUGUGUGAAGUGGGUGUGCGCGGUGCUGUGGAUGGCGGCGACAGCUGCCACAGCUCCGACAGCCAUCUUCUCCACUGUGACUGUGGUCGCCGGAGAAAAACUCUGCCUCCUGAAGUUUCCAGAAGGACAUGACUGGCUCGCCCUCUAUCACAUCCAGAAAAUACUCAUAGCCUUCAUCAUCCCAAUGCUCAUAGUGUCCGUCAACUAUCUAAUGCUCCUGCGCUUCGUCAGGCGGAGGAGCAUGGACGGCAGCAACCCCAAACGGAGAUCUAGAGUCACCAAAUCAGUCGCUAUAGUGGUUUUGUCUUUCUUCUGCUGCUGGAUGCCAAAUCAUGCCAUCACCUUCUGGGGCGUCUUGGUCAAAUUCAACGCGGCCAACUGGGAUACAUCGUACUACAUGGUGCACACCUACGUGUUCCCGGUCACCGUGUGUUUGGCGCACGCGAACAGCUGCUUGAACCCGGUGCUUUACUGCCUGAUGAGGCCGGAGAUCAGGAAGAUGCUCAGCGGUUUGUUCUGGAAAGUCUCCAGUCCUUCCUCCAGCAAAGUCUGCGCGACGCGCUCCGUUACGCAUGGAGAGCUCCAGGGAGUCGUACCUCUCCAGAUCAUGGAUAACGCGGAGUACUCGCUGCCCAUCAUAGACCGUAAAGGUUUAUCCAGAUCUAAAAUCAUCCCAUACAGCCGCUAA